GAGCGCACUCUCGUAUCCAUUGCUCUCAUAACAUUUGUAAAGGACAUGUAAGAAGUCCAUGCUUGCGCUUGUUCUCGAAAGGUUACCUCAAGAGUUUGCAGACAGUUUGUCGAGCCACAGCUUGUACAUCCCUGCUCGUCAGCAUGUUCAAUAGAAGUAAAACCGUAAGAGAUUUGUUGAAUUUUGUCCCCGGGAAACGUCGUCUCGGGGCAUACAGGUUCCUGCCUAUCUUUUUCUGCAUUGGUGGAGUCAUGGAGUGGAUCAUGAUCAACGUGAGGAUAGGACAUGAGACUUUCUAUGAUGUCUACCGAAGAAAAAGAUCAGAGCGGGAGCACCAGCAGAAGAUAGCAGAUGGUUUGAUAGUCCUUAAAGAGCCUGCAGCCAAGUGAAAGAAGGUGGGCUUCAAUGUGGACUGCACAUGUGUCAUCUAAGGACACAUUGUUGGACUCUCACCAUCCCUUACUGGGUUACAGCGACUGUGUCACAACUAUGGACAUUAUUAAGGAAUCAGAAGUGAAAAGCUGAUGGAGAAAUCACAUCCAGCAUGCAGGUUUUAUUGUUUAUAUGGUCUUCAGUUAAGGAAACAAUAGCAAAACUGCAACGAUAAUACAACUGUCACAGCAGUAUCACAACAAUGGUCUCAUCUCUUCGUGAUAAUCGACGUCUCACUAGUGAUUUGACAGUGAGUUUGUGCAUUGCAUAGUACCUGCUAAGACAAAGCCAGAUCAGUCACGUCGUGUCUAAAAGACAAAAAUGCAUUUGUGUUGAGGGACAGUUUGAAAGAUUUUGCAUAGAUGUGUUAAAUACAGGCAGAUAUUGCUGUUAAGAUACAAAAAACAAACACCAUUUCUUCCUUUUGCUGAAAUAUUUAUAUGAUUUCAUUUUAAUUAUGAGAAGUAUUUAAUUGAUUUAUUGAGUAUAUAAAAUGUGUCUUAAGAACUUAA